AUGUCAAUUCUUCAACCGACAAAAAGUGCCCUUGCUCGCCUUCCAAACAGCAACCAGCUUUUUUAUCGUAGUCUACAAUACCUCAUCAUUCGUCUUGCCUUUUUCAAGGAGGCAAAGCCAGACUGUCACACACCAUCGUAUUUAGAUGGCCCUUCAAAUCAAUCAGUUGUUGUACUUAAUCACGGAUUAUGGAAGGCAUAUCAAAUGAAUUAUUUGUGA